AAAAGGAGUGCGCAGUAAGACAUUACUGAACGGGAGUGUUUCUACUGUAUUUACUAUAAUAGAUUACUGAGUUGUCCCAGACAACAUUGAACAAUCCUCAUAUCGUUACUCAAACUCAAAAGUUUCACUAACAUACACUCUUUUUGUUUCACAGUACAAGACGAGAAGAAAAUAUUUUCCAAAUUUCACACUAGCUUGCCUGCACGUUUCUGCACCGUAGCAUCCUCAUACGUCAUCGCUGGGCGUGUUUCUGAGCGAGGGAUGAUGGGAAUUGUAGUUUUGCUUUAGACCUACUGAAGCUCCACCACAGUAGGUGACGGUAAUGAACCUUUUGUGGUCGGUGAAGCGUCACAGAAGAACAGGACGGUCUCGGACGCUUUAUGGUUGGGGGAUGGUGCUGGUGUUGGAGCCUGGCGGAGUUUCAGUGCAACAAGGCGAGUGAGAGAGCUGGUCAUCAUCUGUAGCUUAACUACGCCGCUUUACUGCCCGCACAGCACAGCGCAAACUUUCCUCUCGUUUAAGGGCUGACUGGAUAAAAAAGGCUCCGCUCCUGGCUGAGGAGGAACUGAGAUUUAGCAAAGCCGCUUUGGCUUUGGCUUUUUAGAACCUUUGCCAGUCCACGUCGGAGCCCAGGAGCAGCUGGAGCAGCAGUGAAAGCACACCGGGCUUAAAGAGCCACUGUGUCCCGGAUUCCGCCACUCACUCCGUGUGGGAGAUGAUGGUGAUGUGGAGGCGCAGCUGCUCUCAGCAGACAAAGAGCUGAAGGGACACAGAGGGUGAACUAACUGGCCUACAGGGUUCAUACACAUCCACUUACCCCAGAAACCCUCUCGUGAUGUCGACGUGAAUCCUAACUGCUUACCUGGGCGACUGGAAUAUGGGACUUGUGUAGCUAACGUUAGCUGGACGAGUUCUCUGCAUGAACAUAACGGGUUAGCGAGCCAGAGCUGUGGAGCCACAGGCCUCUGUAGCCACUCACCUUGUUUUUUAGCCGAGUCGAAGAAAUUAACCUGCCGAAUUAUUAAAGGAAUCCAGAGACAUGGGCUUAAUUGUGGCCAAACUUUGGAGUUUUUUCUGCAAUCAAGAGCACAAAGUCAUCAUUGUGGGUCUUGACAAUGCAGGAAAGACCACCAUUCUUUACCAGUUCUUAAUGAAGGAGGUUGUACACACGUCUCCAACGAUCGGCAGCAAUGUUGAAGAGAUUGUGGUGAAAAACACACACUUCUUAAUGUGGGACAUCGGUGGCCAGGAGAGUCUUCGCUCAUCUUGGAACACCUACUACUCCAACACUGAGUUCAUCAUCCUGGUAGUGGACAGUACAGACAGAGAAAGGCUCGCUAUCUCUAAGGAGGAGCUGUACAGAAUGCUGGCCCAUGAGGACCUCCGAAAAGCAGCUGUGUUGAUUUUUGCCAAUAAGCAGGAUAUGAAGGGCUGUAUGUCUGCAGCAGAAAUCUCCAAGUACCUGACACUCAGCUCCAUCAAAGACCACCCAUGGCACAUUCAGUCCUGCUGCGCACUUACAGGAGAAGGGCUUUGCCAGGGCUUGGAGUGGAUGACCUCAAGGGUGGGCCUCAGAUAGCCUCCAACUUCUGUUCAGGACUGACUUACUGACAGCCUUUACCACCAGCUCUGGUGGCACCUCAGCCUCACCCUUCUGGCUGCUUUUUUUUUUUCCCCCCAAUUUUAACUCAUGAUCAACGUUCACUUCUGCGGUUGACCUCUCUGGACACCUACCUCAGCUUGGAACGACCGGCUGAUUGGUUGAUUGGUUUGAUGGACUACUUGGCUUGACCAAUCCCGUUUCAGGAUCAGCUUAACUAUGCCUCUGAAAGAAGGGAGUAUACAGCAUCUGAAGUAUUACUGCUCACAGAGAGGCAUGAGUGUCAGUCAAUCUGGUUUGGAAUAGAAGUUCUCUACUAUGAUUUAGGAACAACAGAACAGUUGGGUUUUCUGGUGUAUUUUAUUGGGCAGAACACUUUAAUGGAUGCACAUGUUUGCCUAGUGGAGAAAUUAAUUACACCUUAAUUUUUUUUUAUUAUUAUUUUUUUUAAGGUCAGAUCAUGGGUCAUGAAAGUCUUUUUAUGUUUUAGGGGAAGCUUGUGUGGGGUGUCUAAUGCACCCAGAAACACCACUACAUAUCAUGAACAUUUCGAAGCAUAUCGGAACAUGCGUUACAUAUCAUGUAGUAUUACCUCAGUCCCCCAAACUAAGAAGACUGUGCCGCACAGAAUAAAAAGACCCUGUCAUUUCAGCCUGCCUGUUUCAUGACCAUUGAAAUGUGGGAACUUGUUUGGCUGUUGAUAGGGACUCAUUUAUUUAAUGAUAUAGAAAUUUAAGGUUUUGAAAAAUAGGAUGAGAAGUGGCCACCAUGUGUUUUUCUCGUCACAUAAUAUGAGCCAGUUUUCUAGAGUUUUCAUAAGACGACAAUAGUCAUACGUACUUCAUGGUGCUAAGGGAGUUCUGGUGGGAGGAUUCUAGGUACCAAGUGUGAUUUAGUCCAUGUCCUUUGCCUUGUAAUCCACCUGGAUAUGAUUUGUUAUAUUGUGGUCACUUUAAAGCAGAGAUCACCAGUCCUCUCCACAAGGGCUUGUAUGGCUGCAGGGCUUCAUUCCAACCAAGCAGGAGCUUCUGUCAUUUAACAGAUCUGUUGUUGAAGACUGAGACCAACUGAUUAAACAAGUGGAAUCAGGGUUCUGUCUCACGAAGCAGGUCCAGCACAGAGACAGCACCUGACUGAAGUUCCAGUGUCACAAAGCCCAAAAAAAGCAGAACUACAGUUAACUUGUUUCACAGUGACUGUUAAUCCAGGUUUACAUACUCAAGCUGUAGUUGCACAUGAAAGCAUGAUGUUUAUGAUGAUAAGCCAGUCACAUGAAACAUGAGGAGGAGUCGAGUGUUUUUUUUUGCUUUUUUUUUAUUUUUUAGAAAGGGGUAAAAAAAAAAAUAUCAUAAAUGUGUAGAAAAUUUAUAACCAUUAAAAUGCAAUGCUGUCUCCACUGCCACUGCAUCAGUGCUUAUUGGUUUCGUAAUUGCUUUGUAUUUUUAACAUCUGUAUAUUUUUUCAUGUGAUUGACACCAUAAAUGUCACGAAUGAGGGGAAAAAUCACCAGAGGAGUCCACCUGCAACAUGCCUCAUUGGUCAGAGGCUCGCUCUGAUUGGUCCAAAAGCUGUCUAUAAUCUAAAAUCCUAAACUUAACCUGCCCUGGAACAGGUUAGGUGUGGAGUGUUUGUUGCCAUGGUGAUGUGAUGUAUCCUGCUAAAAAAAAUUACCCCCUUUGUGAGCCGGAAAAUGCAGGGUUAGAUCGAACUACUCUUAAAGUUAACUGGCUAAGCAAGAAACCUGCAGCCACACUGUCCCAUCACUGAUAAGACUGACCCCUCCUUUGAAGUUAAAAGGAUGUGGAAAACUGGUUCAUAUUAUGUGUUCCUUGGCUUUUAGUGAGUAUGAUACAUGGAUUAACUUGAAAUUCCUGAUCUACCUUGUUGCUAGCUGUUGCUCCAUUGUUACAUUUCAGGUACUGGUUCAAGAUUUAGGAUCAUUACUGACUUCAGAGGAAAUGCUAUCUCUAAAGAACAGGCAGCGUGACAAGGUGUAGCAUUUACUGUGUAAUUUAAAACAUAACAGCAGUUGCUGAGGACCUGACACCUUUUUUUUUUUGUUUUUUUUGUUUUUUUUUUUGGUGCUUGUGUGUGCGAUCAUGAACAUUUGUGCUGCUUAUAUUAGCCUGCUCACUGUUCUGUUUGGAGGCAGAUGGCCUUUGUUUGAUGCAGAUGGAAAUGUGCUUUUGUGUGGAUAUGAUGAGUAAAUUGUGGUCAUCCCCACCCCAUGGCUCUGGCACAGGAAAUGACCAAUAUUAAGGUCACUUAGUUACCAUGGCAAUGUCAUGUUUAGAAACUAUGAUGUGAAGCUCAAUUUUCUACAAGCUGUGCUUCAAGAGUUGUUUUUUUUUUUUCAUCAUGUGUUGUUUUAGCCUGUUCAUGCAUACAUCAUGUCAGAUCAACCAUCUGCAGCAGAAUGCUUUUGUUUGGAGAGGCAUGUGCAUAUGAGUGUUCAUAUGUGUGCAUGUGUCCAUAUCUCAAACUUGUCUGAGUGAGUUUUCAGUAUUGUGUUCAGUCUUACAAACAGCUUUAAAUUUGACUAAACAUCUGCUCCAAUUAGGGGGCUGUUGAAGACCCUGAAACCCUGACCCUGAUGUCCUCUGUGCUUUUAGAAAAGAUGGCUCUUUAGUAAAUGGAAUGGUUCUGUUAAGAACCGUGAGUUCUAUGUAGAACCAUUUCAUGCUUAAAUGGUUCUUUGCAUGGUGAAACAGUUCUUCAGAUUGAUGGGAGAAUGUGUUGUAUAUGGUUCUAAUAUAGAAUCUUUUUUAAUCUUUUUGUGGUGCUACGUAGAACCAUUUUCAAAAAAGCUCUAUGUAAGAUGCACUUCACCGUGCCAAGAACCACUGAAGCAUGAAAUAGUUCUCAAUACUUGUGGUUCUAAAUAGAAUCAUUUCGGUUACUAAAGAACCCUUAUCAAACCAUCUUUUUCAAGCAUGCAUGACUUCAAAGGAAUUGCUGUAUAGUUGCAAAGUAUCAAUAUAUGAAUUGAUCAGACACA